UAUGUCAGAAAGCACACAUUCACAGGAAAAACACCUUCCAGGGGUUUUAUAUCCUUGGAGAGGGACUCGCGUGUUUCCAUUAAGGAUCAAAAUAUGUCCAACUGGCGCAAGAGGGCUACCUCCUUGAAUAUUGUCUUAUCGUUGUUUCUUCAGCUCCAAAAGACGGAGGGUAAGCAGCAGUGCAGGGACCCCUAUAGGGGAAAUUUAAUAAUUUGCCCUGGAAACGAAUAUUUUUGUUGUGGAGACCAAUGUUGUAACGUUCCUCCAACAAAGGUGGCGCCACUCUAUUCUGCCUGGUACUUCUGGGUUGCUAUAUUCAUUGUUGGUUGUUUAACCGUUUCUAUGGCCAUUGCGUGUAUUUUAUGUUGUAAGAAGAACCGAAAAGACGUUCUGAUUCGACUUGCACAGUCAGUACCUAAUGCAGUACUUCGAACAGCCCAGGAUUCUCAUGGUAUAAUCCAACCAGAUGUUACAUUUUAUCAGCGACCACCAAUCAAAGAAGAAUGCGCUACUGUAUCUACAACCCGUAGCGCCCCCUUACGGUUAACAACACCAAUACGACCACUGACGCCAGCCUAUCAACCAUCUCAACCGAUUACCAUAACAACAGUUCGUGCAGCUACGUCUUGUACUGACCUCACUUUACCACCCGGCUACGUAAUGUCACGUGAUUCACAUAAGUGCCAUUAAUUUUUUCUACCUAAGUUCACCGAAUCAUCCAUUGAAACAAUUCAUAUUAAUUCUCGAAACCCUUCUCUUAUUGGACUGCGUGUGUUAAUUCUGAGAGUAAACACGAUCUCAGAACACUCAGUUUUCUUACUGUACUAUAUUCUUUCUAUGACAGAGCACAUGAUCUUGUGAGAGUAUUUGUAACGGGAGGCAAAGAUGGAAUUACGAAAACAUCAAAAUAUUCCGUCGCUCAGACAUUUUAUCUGAAAUAAACGAGAAACGGAUUCUUAUCACAGAUCGAUCUUUUUAUACUCUCCGAGUGGCAUUAAUUUGAAGUAAAUAAAGUGAAGUAACUUUUAAGCUAUGCUUAAUUUCUAACGAAUACGUACCGUAUCCCAAUUAAUGGAUGUGUGUGUUGAAUAAUAAAAAAAGUAAACUUCAUUGAGGCUAUUAUUCGGGAUGAGGUUGAAACGGAUUAAUAUCGAUCAGUAUCAAUUUGCAAUACAACCGAGGCAAUCUUAGGCUUAAUUAUAACAUUUCCGCCUUUAUACUAAAACAAAGUUGA